AUGGCAAAUCUGAACGGAACUACGUCGGAUCUGAAGUCCUCGUUUCUGGGGGUAUACUCUGUCCUCAAAUCCGAACUCCUUAAUGACCCUGCUUUCGACUUCACUGAUGAUUCUCGUCAAUGGGUCGACCGGAUGCUGGACUAUAAUGUACCUGGAGGGAAGCUGAACCGGGGGCUGUCUGUAAUUGAUAGCUACAAGUUGCUUAAAGAAGGAAAGGAACUAACCGAGGAUGAAAUAUUUCUUGCAGGCGCCCUAGGCUGGUGUAUUGAAUGGCUACAGGCAUAUUUUCUUGUUCUCGAUGAUAUUAUGGAUAACUCACACACGCGGCGUGGCCAACCUUGUUGGUUCAAAGUGCCCAAGGUUGGAAUGAUUGCUGUAAAUGAUGGUGUUUUACUUCGCAAUCACAUCCCUAGGAUUCUCAAGAAGCACUUCAGAGAGAAGCCUUACUAUGUUGAUCUGCUGGAUUUAUUCAAUGAGGUGGAGUUCCAAACAGCUUCAGGACAAAUGAUAGAUUUGAUUACUACGCUUGAAGGAGAAAAGGAUCUAUCCAAAUACUCAUUGCUGCUACCGAGUCAAACUUUGUUUGCAGGGAAGCUGAACCGGGGGCUGUCUGUAAUUGAUAGCUACAAGUUGCUUAAAGAAGGAAAGGAACUAACCGAGGAUGAAAUAUUUCUUGCAGGCGCCCUAGGCUGGUGUAUUGAAUGGCUACAGGCAUAUUUUCUUGUUCUCGAUGAUAUUAUGGAUAACUCACACACGCGGCGUGGCCAACCUUGUUGGUUCAAAGUGCCCAAGGUUGGAAUGAUUGCUGUAAAUGAUGGUGUUUUACUUCGCAAUCACAUCCCUAGGAUUCUCAAGAAGCACUUCAGAGAGAAGCCUUACUAUGUUGAUCUGCUGGAUUUAUUCAAUGAGGUGGAGUUCCAAACAGCUUCAGGACAAAUGAUAGAUUUGAUUACUACGCUUGAAGGAGAAAAGGAUCUAUCCAAAUACUCAUUGCUGCUUCACUGCCGCAUUGUUCAGUACAAGACUGCCUAUUACUCAUUCUACCUUCCGGUUGCAUGUGCAUUGCUUAUGGCAGGCGAGAACUUGGAAAAUCAUAUUGAUGUAAAGGACAUUCUGGUUCAAAUGGGGAUAUACUUUCAAGUACAGGAUGAUUAUUUGGAUUGCUUUGGUGAUCCAGAAACAAUUGGCAAGAUUGGAACAGAUAUUGAAGAUUUCAAGUGCUCUUGGCUGGUUGUGAAAGCAUUGGAAUGUUGCAACGAAGAACAGAAGAAAAUUGGAACAGAUAUUGAAGAUUUCAAGUGCUCUUGGCUGGUUGUGAAAGCAUUGGAACGUUGCAACGAAGAACAGAAGAAAGUGUUAUAUGAGCAUUAUGGGAAAGCAGAUUCUGCUGAUGUUGCAAAAGUGAAAGCCCUCUAUAAUGAUCUAGAUCUUCAGAGUGUAUUCACGGAGUAUGAAAGCAAGAGCUAUCAAAAACUUACAAGCUUUAUUGAAGCUCAUCCAAGCAAAGCAGUGCAGGCAGUGUUGAAGUCCUUUUUGGGUAAGAUAUACAAGAGGCAGAAAUAG